AGACCACGCCCAUACACGCAGGCCCCGCCCCCGGAAGCGCGCGCGCGGCGGGCGGAGCGGCGGGAGCGGCGGCGGGGUUGAGGAAGUAAACCUGGGGUGUAGGGCUCCAUCGCAAGGAGGGAUCCCGCCGCUGUCGUGCGCCCUGCAGGGAGUGUUGUGGGCACUCUCACUCCGUGCGAGGAGUUCGGCCUGGGUUCCUUUUCUUGCUGGCUGCGGGAUCGCCGGCGGCGCUGCCCGGGCUGUAACACAGCCCAGCUGAGAAAUACUUCCCUGUGUUCUCUGUGACCUUUUGACCUGCAAACUGGGAGCAAAUACACUACAGGAUGCUCCGCCUGCGGUUCCUGCCCGUGGCCGCGGGGCUGGCGGCGGUGUCGCGGCGCUACCACGGGACGGCCCCGGGCCCCGGCUCCCGGCGUAAGCUGGUGGUGGCGGCUUUCCUCGGGACCACUGCGGCCACAGCGACCGCCAGAUUCCUUUGGCAGAGGGCCUACGCAGAAGACUCUGUCAGACACGGCCCGAGGGCAGAGCCCAGGGAGAAGGUGAAGCACGAGGAGGAGGAGGAGAGCAGCAGCAGCGAGGGCAGGAGGACAGUGGCCUCUGGAGAUGAGGAGACGCCGCAGGAGGGGAAGAAGAAGAAACGUUCUGGGUUCAGGGACCGCAAGGUGAUGGAAUAUGAGAACAGGAUCAGAGCCUACUCCACGCCAGACAAAAUCUUCAGAUACUUUGCCACGCUGAAGGUCAUCAACGAGCACGGCGAGUCCGAGGUUUUCAUGACCCCGCAGGAUUUUGUGAGAUCCAUCACCCCCAACGAGAAGCAGCCAGAGAACCUGGGCCUGGACCAGUUCAUAGUGAAACGCUAUGAUGGGAAGAUACAGGUUAAAUUUUCAUCUAAAUUAUUAGCUGAGCUCAUCCCCACUCUGCAAUCACAUACAAUGAAGUUAUCCCAGGAGAGGGAGAAGUUUGCCGAUGAGGACAGCAUUUUCUACGCGCUCGGAGAAUGUGGACUCAUCUCUUUUUCUGACUACAUCUUCCUCACCACGGUCCUUUCCACUCCCCAGAGGAAUUUUGAAAUCGCCUUUAAGAUGUUUGAUCUGAACGGUGACGGCGAGGUGGACAUGGAAGAGUUUGAGCAGGUGCAGAGCAUCAUCCGUUCCCAGACCAGCAUGGGCAUGCGGCACCGGGACCGCUCCACCACCGGGAACACCCUCAAGACCGGCUUCAACUCCGCGCUCACCACCUACUUCUUCGGGGCUGACCUGAAGGGAAAGCUGACCAUCUCCCACUUCCUGGACUUCCAGCGCAAGCUGCAGCACGAUAUUCUGAAGCUUGAGUUCGAGCGGCACGAGCCGGUGGAGGGGCGCAUCACGGAGCGGCAGUUCGGGAGCAUGCUGCUGGCGUACAGCGGCGUGCAGUCCAAGAAGCUCACUGUCAUGCUCAAACAGCUCAAGAAGCACUUCCAGGAUGGAGAGGGGCUGACAUUUGAGGAGGUGGAGAACUUCUUCACUUUUCUGAAGAACAUAAAUGACGUGGACACGGCUUUGAGCUUCUACCAUAUGGCUGGAGCUUCUCUUGAUAAAGUGACCAUGCAGCAAGUGGCCAGGACAGUGGCCAAGGUGGAGCUCUCGGACCACGUGUGCGACGUGGUGUUCGCGCUCUUCGACUGCGAUGGGAACGGGGAGCUGAGCAACAAGGAGUUUGUUGCCAUCAUGAAGCAGCGCCUGAUGCGAGGCCUGGAGAAGCCCAAGGACAUGGGCUUCACACGGCUCAUGAGGGCCAUGUGGAAGUGUGCCCAGGAGACAGCGUGGGACUUCACAGCCCCCAAGCAGCAGUAGAGGGGGUGGCAAGGAGCAGCCCCAUUCCCUGGCUCAGCCCUGACACAGCCCAUGGGCACUGAGGGGUGGCACCAGGCUCUGGAGAGCCCAGGCUGUCUGUCACAGGAGGGGUUUGUCAGUCCAAGUUACAAAUCCAGCCUGUUGCAUUUGCUUGCUGCUGGCUCCUUAAUAUUCCUCUCCCCCAGGAAUAAGGAAAGGACUUUUACUGCCACCUCUUCUGCAGUGUGAUGUGCCCUGCUCGAGGGCUGGACCCCAAACCACCUUUAUUUAAUGCUAUGAAAAAAGGGCACGGGGGCUAUUUUGAUUCUCAGAGUGCUCCUCGGAAAAGCCAGGCAAUUCCUGCAUUUCCUGGAUCCCAGAUGGGGAUUUCAGCCAGCCUAAAGCUCCGUGCUGCACCUGCUGCAGAAGGGCAGCUAAAAGUAAUGGAGCAGGUGGCUCUCCUGCCCUUCCUGCCCUGCACAAGCAUCGUGCUGCAGGAGCUCCCUGAGUGAUUUCCUAAAUGGAGAGCCCUCUCUGUGGGGAAUUGCACCGGGAAGGGGCUGACAGGCGUUGUCUGCCGGGUGCUGUCCUCUGGAAAAUCUCAUGUAAAGAUGUUGCUCACAGCA